AUGUUUAUUAUCACGAAUAUCUACGUGCUGGCUGCCUUUGGCACCAUCGGAGGUGCCCUGUUCGGCUCCAUGAGUGCCUGGAUCGGUGCGGACCAGUACAUGGACUACUUCAAUUCUCCAGAUUCCGACCUGCAGGGUGGAAUAACUGCCUCCAUGUCCGCCGGCUCCUUCGCAGGCGCCAUCGCAGCCGGAUUCCUCUCCGACAUCCUCGGCCGACGCGGCGCACUACAAGUCUCAUGUCUGAUCUGGGUAAUCGGCGCAGCGAUCCAAUGCAGCGCGCAAAACGUCGCACACCUCGUCGCCGGGCGAGUAAUUAGCGGCCUCGCUGUUGGGAUCACCUCGUCGCAAGUAUGUGUUUAUCUGGCUGAGCUCGCGCCAGCGCGCAUCCGCGGCCGGAUCGUGGGGAUCCAGCAAUGGGCGAUCGAAUGGGGUAUUCUCAUCAUGUACCUGAUCGCGUACGGAUGUAUCAAGGGCGUGCAUUCGUCCGCUUCGUUCAGGAUCUGCUGGGGUAUCCAGGGUGUUCCUGGAUUGAUUCUUCUCGCGGCGCUGUUCUUUUUCCCCGAGUCUCCGCGGUGGCUGGCGGGUAAGGAGCGGUGGGAGGAGUGUCUUGAUGUCCUUGCUGCGCUGCAUGGGAAGGGGGAUCGGAAUAAUCCCAUCGUCCAGGUAGAAUUCGAGGAGGUGCAGGAGGCCGCGAGGAUUGCGCACGAAGCGAGGGAUGUAUCGAUUCUCUCGCUGUUCACGCCCAAGCUGCUCAAGAGGACUAUCUGCGGGAUGUCGGUGCAGAUGUGGCAGCAGUUGCUUGGUGGGAAUGUGGCCAUGUACUAUGUUGUGUAUAUUUUUAAGAUGGCUGGCAUGACCGGAGACUCCAGUCUCGUCUCUUCGAUCAUCCAAUAUGUCAUCUUCCUCGCAACUACAGGCGUCAUGCUUCCGUGGAUCGAUCGUGUGGGAAGACGUCCCAUCCUCCUCAUCGGCUCUGUGUUAUGCAUGAUCCUGCACUACACUAUAGCCGGCCUCAUGGCCUCGCACGGCCACUAUGUCGAUGAAGUCCAAGGGAACAGGAACCUCCGAUGGGAAAUCCAUGGCGCACCCGCCAAGGGCGUGAUUGCUUGCUCGUACAUUUUCACUGGAAUCUACGGGUUCACAUGGGCCCCAACAGGAUGGAUCUACUGCUCCGAAGUCUUCCCCCUAAAAUACCGCGCCAAAGGCGUCGGCAUCUCCGCCGCAACAAACUGGAUCUUCAACUUCGCCCUGGCCUACUUCGUCGCGCCGGCGUUCACGAACAUCCAGUGGAAAACAUACAUCAUCUUCGGCGUGUUCUGCACCGUGAUGACCUUCCACGUCUUCUUCAUGUACCCCGAGACAGCGAGGAGGACGCUCGAGGAGAUGGAUAUUGUGUUCAACACGGAUCUGAAGCCAUGGGAGACGGGGAAGUUGAAGGAUCGGCUGGAGGAGUUUAGGGUACAGCUUGAGGCUGGGGAGAAGAAGGGGGCUGAUACGGCCCAUGCAGAGGUUGUCUAG